AUGGAUGUCCGCAAUAACCACUCAUCGCUUCCAUCUACUAGAUGGCCAAAUGUUAGCCGCCACCAAGUCUUUCUCAGUUUCCGAGGAGGAGAUGUUCGGAGGGCCUUCAUUGAAUUUCUCUUCAACGGCCUCACUGAUGCAGGGAUCAGUGUAUUUAUCGAUCAUCGUGGGAUCGAGAUCGGAGAAGAGAUCAUGCCUAAGAUCUUACAAGUGAUCAGGCGCACACAGAUAUGCAUUCCUGUCUUCUCCAAAGAUUUCGCUUCCAGUAAGAGUUGUCUGACGGAGGUGGCGGAAAUGGUGGCGUGUGACAGGACAAUCAUGCCCAUUUUCUAUGACGUCAGCCCUGAAGUCGUCGGCAAACAGCAGGAGAAUUAUCAGCAGUCCUUCAGCAACCAUGCAGCCAAGAGGGUGACAUCAACGACUCUAGACAACUGGAAGAGGGCUCUGCAGACUGUUUCAGGAAAACGAGGAUGGGAAUUGGAGAAAUUCCAGCACGGGGAGCAUGAACUUAUAAACGAGGUUGUUUCCGAGGUCCGCCAGCUGUUGAAGGAGGAUGAUUUAGAUGUGACAGAAAAUUUAGUAGGGAUGGAUCACCAUGUGCGAGAGAUGAUGAAAAACUCGGCGUUCUCUAUGAAAAUGACCAAGUGGUUGAACGGUAAAAGCUUCCUUAAAGAUAUCCAUGGAGCAGUUGAGCAAAGGAGAAUCUUAUCUCUCCAAGAAGAUUUAAUUAGUGAUCUCCGAAAGAAAAGAUGUACACUCAGAUCUCCUGCUGAAGGUACCAAAUUUAUCCGGUACAAAUUUGCAAAUCUGAGGGUUCUCAUAAUCCUAGACGAUGUUAGUGAUUUUGAACAAACCGAUUCAUUAGCUGGAGAUCCAAGUUGGUUCGGUCCAGGAAGCAGGAUCAUCGUGAUUUCUAAGAGACGCAAUCUUGUUGACGAGUAUAGUCGGGCACCGAUUGAAACUGCUGAUCUAAGCGUGCUUCGUCAUGGAAGCCAGAGGAUUGUCACCUCCAGCAGAAGCAGUUCUGUUAACAUAUGCGAUGACUUCCUCGUUGAAAAAUUCGAGCUAAAGCGAAUGAAUGAUGCCCAUGCUUUUCAAAUGUUCCGUAUAUAUGCUCUUAAAGGAGGACCUCUUCGAGAGGAAAUCUCCUCUGUGGCAUGGGACAUUAGUUUGGCUGCCGAAGGGCUUCCUUUCCUUAUUAAGAUUGUCGGUUCCUCUUUAUAUAGAAAGCCCAUAACGUUUUGGAAGGAGGCAUUGGAUCGAUUGAAGCAAGAGACAUUCUCUAAGGAAGUCAAACGAAUUCUGAAGGCAAGAUAUGAAGCUUUAGAGUACAGUGCUCAACAGAUUUUUCUUGAUAUAGCUUGUUUUUUUAUGGGUAAGGACAAGACAAUAUCCUCUUACCUGUGGAAAGCUUGUAAAUACCAUCCAUCUUCAAGGAUUGCUGAGCUUCAAGACGAGUCUUUGGUAACAAUCACUGACAAUAAUGAAUUUUGGAUGUAUAAUCAAGUAAAAUUCCUCGGGAGGGAGCUUGUCAAGGAUGAAAAUUCAAGUAAACCUUCUGAGCGUAGUAGGCUUUGGAAUCAGGAGGAUAUUGGACGAGUACUGAACGAAGAUAAGGUUGCUACGGUAGAAGCCCUCAUUGCCUCGUUCGACAACCCCCGUUUAUUUGGUAAACGCAGAUUUUUCCAUAAUUUCUCAAAUCUUAGGUAUCUCGAAAUGAACUGCCCCAUUCUUAAGGGACACAGGCAGACUGCAAGGAACUUCAGAGAGGAUCUUUUCCUUCCAUGGUUAAAAUGGCUUGAAUGGCAAAGGUGCCUCAAUAUCUCCAUUCUACUUGCUUUAGAUCUAUCCAACUUGGUCUAUCUUAAUCUGUCUGGGAGUUCCUCCACAAAUUGGCGGUGUUGGAAGCAAAUUAUAAAGGUAUGA